CAUUUUCUCUUCUUCAAAUUUCAAAAAGAACUUUAUUUUCUCUUCUUCGAAAACCCUCCCUUCACAGCUUCUCUCUCAUUUCUAAUUCCUUCGUCUUUCUUCUCAACUGCAAAUCUCUCUCUCCUCCUCCCCUUCUCUCUCGCUCUCUUGUCUCCUUCGUCUUCCUCAUCUUCACUCUUCCUAUCUCUCAAUUUCCAUUCUCUAAAACGAAGCAUGCACCCAAGAAACCCUAUUUUGCUAUAUACCCAUGUCGCCGAUCCACUGCCAUCUUCUAUUCCUAGCGCUAACGGCGCCGGAAUCAAGGGCGGGAGACCCCUCGGAAACCUACGUCGUCUUCCAAAGAAAAUGCUUCACCGUCCGAUCCCAAUUCCACGGUUCCCGAUUCCAAACCCUCGCCGACUAAGGUGAAGAGCCUGCUCCCUCUUCCGACCCACUUAAGCGGAAGCUCAGUAUGGAGACCGUUCUUGAGAAUUCCAUCCCUGGGUUGUCUGAUUCUAUUGCGAAGAUUAGAGAAGAUGUAAAAUCUGGUGUAGGAAAUUUAACAGAGGUGUGUGUAUCCACAAUGGCAGAUGUUACUCGGCUUCUAAUGAAGUCGAUUAUGGCGGCUCACUUUGGAAAUUUCUGUUACAUAGCUACUGCCAAAAGCUUUAAAUUGCCUUCCAGAUGCACCUCAAAAUUAGCUUCAUUCUUUGUGUUUUCUAAUUUCUAGCUCACUCUAUUCAGCCAUGGAAGAACGGAGAGCUUCUUUCCUACGACUAAGAUUGUUGGUACUCUGGGUCCUAACCCUCGAUCUGUACAAGUUAUUUCUGCUUGUUUGACGGCUGGAAUGUCGGGUUAUGCUGGAUACAGCGGGUCCUGAGAUGUUGGUUGUAACUAAAGUGAGAAAUCUAUCUCUCUUUAGGAAGAUGGGUUUGUUGUUCUAACACCCAAUCAAGAACUAGAGGCAUUUUCAGAGCUGCUACCUAUAAAUUAUGGUGGACUUUCAAAGGUCCUUAAGAAAGGAGACACCCUUUUUCUUGGUCAGUACCUCUUUACUGGAAGUGAAACAUCUGUCUGGUUGGAGCAUGACUAACAACUUGAGACCUACACGUGCAGUAGCUACUGAUGUUGCCAAUGCUGUACUUGAUGGAAGUGAUGCAAUUAUUCUUGGGGCUGAGACAUUGCAUGGAUUACAUCCAGUAGAAACCGUUUCAACCGUUAGUAGAAUAUGUGCUGAGGAUUGUUCCUUGAGGACAGACCAAAAGCAUGGUGGUGUUGUUGAGUGAAGGAAGAGUGUGAUAAGAGGAAUAAAGGGGAAUGACGUAUAACCAAACAUGGAACCUUUGCAAGCAAGGGAAGGUUUUCUGUUCUUUUUUUUUUCCAUCUUUAGAAUCUUGGUUAAAAUUCUUUGAAGACAAAGCAAAAUUCUAAGUGGGGGGUGGAGUUAUAGCCUUGCAUGUUCCAUGUCGUAUGGAAAAUUUCAUUUUGGCAAAAAUGCCCAAAUUUUAAAAUUCUUUAUUCUUAGAAUAAAUACCAUGCCUACUUUGUUUUUUAGCUUAGAAAAUC